CUACUACUUAUGCAGCAACAGCGUCACUGAGACUAACACGCGCUACAUUUUGUUUUCUUUCUUGCCUGCCAAAGCCCUUUGACGCACAAAAUGGAGGUGGGCGAUGCAUGUAUUCGGCCGGUUCCAUAUCGCGCCCAUUGUGAGUUCCUGUUCUCAGACAAACUGUUGUUGGCCGGUGGCAUGCAGUUCAGUGCUCUUCACUGCAACAUGCGACUUUCAACGUGGUUCACCGCGACUCUCUUCUCCCAUCGCUUCAUCACAAUGUCACUGGAAGACUCAAGGUUACACCAAUCUCGCCUGGUUUUGGAGAGCCAUGAAAUGAACCGCAACAAGCGAAGGAUGCGAGACAGUGUCUUGUCGUCAAUGGAACUUGCUAUACAGCCGCAUAUGGUACUCAGCCGGAGAGAGCAUGUGGGAUCGAGUCAGGUAGGUCAUGGAAUGGGAACCUUCAACUUCGAUAGGCUGCGCCAUGCCGGGCCAACAGUUGUCGUUUGAGAACCCGCGAUUGAAGGCGCUGUUGUCGCAGACAAAACCACAAACACAAGUGCGUGAAGUUCUGAGUUGGCUAUUGUUGUAAAGCGUACAAUAUUCCGUUCAACUUCUUUCUUCACACUUAGAUCACAGUGGUUGACGAGUAAACCACAUUUUGUCUUACCAACUCAGACACCAAGUUCCCUUCAAACCAGGAGAGACUUUUCAGAUCUCAAGAAACUGUCCAGUGAGAGAAACUACAACCAAGCCCAAGGAACAAGAACCUCGAAGCUGCCACGAUGAAGACGUCAGUUCGCCUACUCGGGCUUUUGCUGCUGCAUCUUCUUCUUAUCACUACAGUCAUGGGUCUCUCCAACAUUGCUCGCGUGCCUGUCCACCGCAAUGCCAACUACAAGGCCGACGGCACCAAGUCACUUGUGUGGUUGUUCCACAAAUAUGGCAUGACCCCAACCAGACAGGGCCGCUUCCAUCGCAACAAAGAACAUGUCUUGAUGAAACGACAGACCGAUGGCUCCUCGGCCCAAGUUACCACCGAUGAUCAGCAAAAUGACUCCUUCUACACCUGUCCGGUCCAAAUUGGUACUCCGGCACAGACCCUGAACUUGGACUUUGACUCUGGUUCAUCUGACUUCUGGACCUGGUCCACGCAUCUUCCCUCCCAUACUGUCAAGGCCGCGAAAGCAUCGGGUGCCCCUGUCUUCAAUCCAGACAACUCUUCCACCUUCAAGACCAUGCCUGGAAGCACCUGGUACAUCCAGUACGGAGACAGUUCUGUAGCGUCGGGAACCGUUGGAACGGACAAUGUCAAGAUCGGGAACAUAACCAUUGAGAAUCAGGCUAUCGAACUGGCCAGCAAGAUCUCGAGUCAACUCCAGAAUCAAACUGGUUCCCGCGGUCUCGUUGGGCUGGCCUUUGGCAGUAUCAACACUGUCCGACCCAAGCCCGUCCACACCCCUCUGGAGAACAUGAUUCUGCAGCAUGACAUCCCCGCUGACCAACAGCUCUUCACCUGUUACUUGGGUUCGUACAAGGAUGCAAAAGACCCAGAUCAUGGCAAGUCAUUCUACACUUUCGGUGCUGUCGACCAAGGUGCCGUUCAGUCGUCGGGCCAGCAGAUUUCGUACGUCCCAGUCGACAACAGCAAGGGGUUCUGGAUGUUCGACUCCCCGUCCGUUGUUCUCAACGGUCAGACCAUUAACCUGGCCAACAACCAGGCAGUUGCGGACACCGGUACCACUUUGAUGCUCGUCAGCGACCAAAUCUGCGACCAGUUCUACGGUGCCAUUGAUGGUGCCGAAUUCAGCGAGGAUGCAAUGGGUUGGAUCUAUCCCGCCGAUACUCCAGCCGAAAGCCUUCCUACCAUCUCGUUCGCUGUUGGCAACACACUAAUUACCAUCGAGAAGGAGCAUUACGCCUUUGCAGCGUACAACAGCACCAUGGUUUAUGGAGGUAUCCAAUCCCAAGGCAGCCUGGGCUUCAGUAUCUUCGGAGACGUUUUCCUCCAGAGUGUCUAUGCUAUCUUCGACGCGGGAAACAUGCGAUUUGGUGUCGUCCAACGCGCCGACCCUACUCCAAAUGGACCUCAAGCAUGAUCGGAGCGGUGGAUGGGUGAAGCCAUGGUGGGGAGCUGCUUGAUGCUGGUGCUCAUGGCAGAAGACGAGUUCAGCAGUAUUGAUGCUCCAAGAGCAUGUUGCCAUUGGCCACUCCUAGGACCAACGUAGCUAGUAUUACCUCAUUCUAUGGUUCGUUCAGACCGCUACUUCAACA